AUGAAUCGGUUUGCGGUGGACACAAACAACAGUGGGGACUGGAUUGCGAGGACUUUUGAUGGAAAGAGAGCGGAAGAUGCGAGCGUGACGGAAUGGAUAUUUGGCGCCGGCGGGCUACUCGAGAUGUUGACAGUUGGGACCUGGGAAAAGCUCCUCAGAUACUCAACACCCUUCUUCCAACUAGCCGAGGGUUUCUGUAGUCUGUUAGUGAUUCAAGCUGCUGGCCAAAUUACGAAAUGGCUCGUCAACCGUGGGAGAAGCGAUAUGUGGAUGAUUGGCUUGCUCAUUCUUUCGGGCUCGAUCAUCUCCAGUGCUGUUUACUUUCUAUGGCGCAUAAUGAGCUUCCCAGAGGUCGGCCAUGUGGACGCUACGCUUAUUGGGGUAACGAUAACCUGCGCAGUUUUCCUAUGCGCGUGGGGGAUUGGGAGCGGCAGAGGAAAUCCGGUGGAAAGCUCUCUACUAUUCGCCUACGUGGUGUUGUGCAUCUACCAGAUCUUUACCGACUACCAGCCAACAUCGGAGCCUCCCCCGCCUCCAGCGCAACCCGACUUUCCACCAUUUCCUCCGAUCAUCAUGGCCUCAUAUAGCACAAUUUUAUACAUGGUGUCCACUUUGCCAUCGGCGGUCUUGUCAGGCUUCACAUUCUUGUAUGCCGCUUUCCAGACCAUUACUCCAUCGGUCAUUAUAUCUCUCGCCUACCGAAUAUUCGUGUUCUACUCUGCUACCAGGAUUAUUCCAGCUGUACGCGAAUCCGGAGCACGAGCUUUAUCUCAAGAGCCAAGUCUGGAGGACAGUGAUGGAGCGGGGAAAAUUCUAGGACUUCUGAGUUGGUUUAGCCCCAGUAUCCUCGUGGCAGUGUAUACCAGCUUGCUCAUGCAACACUUCUCAACUACCUCGGCAGAGGGAAACUUUGCGGAAUGGUGGACCAUGCAAGGUGGAGACUCUGGUGGGAACAUAUGGCGAUGGGUCAACGUGGCUGCAACAAUGGCCUUAUAUUCCUUGGAGCUUUACCUUGGAAAAGAAGACGUGGACGACCUUACGAGCCACUGGAAGAGAGACUAG